AAACGUCAACCUGUUGUUUGUCCCGUCAUCAUUUAUCAACUCUCAGCACCACAAGGAAGUGCGGCCGCCACCCGCGCGCGGAAAGUUCAGCAUGCAGGAAGUUUGGGGAGAGCUCGGCGACUAGCACAGCGGCCCGGGCCAGCGCGGGGCGAGCGCGGGGGCCAGAGCGCGGCGCGGCGUCCGUCCCGGGAGCCUAUCCCGGCUUUUUCUUGGAGCGACGCUGUCCCUAGGACGCUGAUCCCAAUGCACCGGCUCAUCCUCGUCUACACGCUAGUCUGCGCAAACUUUUGCAGCUACCGGGACACUUCUGCAGCUCCGCAGAGCGCAUCCAUCAAGGCUUUGCGCAACGCCAACCUCAGGCGAGAUGAGAGCAAUCACCUCACAGACUUGUACCGAAGAGAUGAAACCAUCCAGGUGACAGGACACGGCCAUGUGCAGAGUCCCCGCUUCCCAAACAGCUACCCCAGGAACCUGCUUCUGACCUGGCGGCUCCAUUCCCAGGAGAAAACAAGGAUACAGCUAGCCUUUGACAAUCAGUUCGGAUUAGAGGAAGCAGAAAAUGAUAUCUGUAGGUAUGAUUUUGUGGAAGUUGAAGAUAUAUCUGAAACCAGCACUGUUAUUAGAGGACGAUGGUGUGGACACAAGGAAGUUCCUCCAAGGAUAACAUCAAGAACAAACCAAAUUAAAAUAACAUUCAAGUCUGAUGACUACUUUGUGGCUAAACCUGGAUUCAAGAUUUAUUAUUCUUUUGUGGAAGAUUUCCAACCUGCAGCAGCCUCAGAAACCAAUUGGGAGUCCGUCACAAGCUCUAUCUCAGGGGUAUCCUAUCACUCUCCAUCAGUAACGGACCCCACUCUCAUUGCGGAUGCUCUGGAUAAAACAAUUUCAGAAUUUGAUACUGUGGAAGAGCUUCUCAAGCACUUCAAUCCAGAAUCAUGGCAAGAAGAUCUUGAGAAUCUGUAUCUGGACACCCCUCAUUAUCGAGGCAGGUCAUAUCAUGACAGGAAGUCAAAAGUUGACCUGGACCGGCUCAAUGAUGAUGUAAAGCGUUACAGCUGCACUCCCAGGAAUUACUCCGUCAACUUAAGAGAGGAGCUGAAGCUGACCAAUGUCGUCUUCUUUCCCCGCUGCCUCCUUGUGCAGCGCUGUGGAGGAAAUUGUGGCUGUGGAACUGUUAACUGGAAGUCCUGUACCUGCAAUUCAGGGAAAACUGUGAAAAAAUAUCAUGAGGUGUUAAAGUUUGAGCCUGGCCAUUUCAAGAGGAGAGGCAGAGCGAAGCACAUGGCUCUCGUUGACAUCCAGCUGGAUCACCAUGAGCGAUGCGAUUGUAUCUGCAGCUCAAGACCACCUCGAUAAAAGAAUGUGCACAUCCUUACAUUAAGCAUGAAAGAAGCUUUAUUUUAAGGAGGGUGUGGUAAGAGAUCCCUUUCCCACCAGCAACCGAACUUACUAUUAGCCUGCAAAGCAAUGAAUAUAAGUGGUUGCUGAGUUUCAACCUAGCUUUGUUAGUGCCAUGGCAAGUAGAAAGGUGCAUCAUCAAUCUCUAUAUCCAAGAAUAUAGGAUUGCAUUUAAUAAUAGUGUCUGAGGAUAUAUGUAUCCAUGUCUCUGUGUAAAUAGAUCAAAUGGUUAUUUAGUAUGUAUAACCAGGUACACCAGAGCUUACAUAUGGUUUAGUUAUUUAGACCCUUCAAAUCUGGCAAAAUAAGGGACACAGUAAAUACAUGAAACAUGACUUUGGAAGAUGUAGAAGGUUAAUUUGUUUACUUUUAAGUUUUGAGUUACAAGACAAUUUUUGAUCUUGUUCUUUUAAAGAAAGCACCUUGUAUAUUAAAAACCGAUAAAUGAGCUUUUCUUAAUGUAUACAUCUUAAUUAUAAAAAGGGAAAAUACGGUUUCUGGGAAAAGGCAUAUUCUAACCAUUUUUCCCACAAGAUGUGCUACAAUACAUAUUUCCCUAUGUAGAUAAUUAUUACCUGUCUUCGAAAGCAUGCCAUAAUAAUAUAGGUGUUUUAGAAAUAAAGUCACUGUCUUCUUUUUAUGUAUCUUGCUGAGGCAUGCAAAUUCAUUAACAUCUGUCUCAAAAAAUUCUCACAAGAUUUCUUAUUACAAUCCUAUGAGAGACAAUUUAUAAGCUGUCGCAGAAUUUUGAAUUGUUUCUUUUCAAAAACUUCUCCAUAGAAGUAGCUCCUUUGGAGAAUGGCAUGGGGACUGACUCUGGGUAAGUCUUUCAAAAUAGUGUUCAUUGGAAAUUUGGGUAGUUAAAAGUCAAAAAAGUGAGCAUUGAAAUAUUAACAGAAAUAGGAAUUGGAUGAAAUAUACAUAUUUAAUAAUGGAUUCAUACUUUCAAAAUUAUGCCAAUUAAUUUUACAUAUCUUGCUUUUGUGUUCCUGUCUCUUUGAUAUACAGACAUGGAUUUACAAUGACAUAUUUGGCAAGCCAUCAUGGAUUAUUUAUAACCUAAAAGCCUUUGUGUAUUAAAACAACCCCAUUUUAUUGAUGUAAAUGCCUAGUCAUGUACUCACUUACCGCACAGUUUAGGUGAAUUCCUGUUUCUGAACUAAGGGUGCUCUGGCUCUUUCCAGAUCUAUGGAGCUUAUUCUAAGAAGCCACACUGCAAAUUGUGAGAACACAAGUUUGGCCCUGCUCUACCACAAGGAAAAUGUUCUCACUUUGAUGGUUGUUAUUGGUAUUCAGAGUGAUUUUGCCUCCCUGGCUUCUUAAUGUCUGUUAAGUCUUCGGAGACUGACUUCAGAUGUAGGAAGUGAUCCAUCAUUCUCCAAAGCAAGACUCUUAAGACAGCAACACUGAAAUCAAGAUAGCUCAGGGGCUACUAAGAAAGAAUGACAUUUUUCUUCCUGUCUUGGAAGAAAAAAGGGAGCCAAUUUCUUCCAUGAGUCCAGCCAAGUGGAGUGAAGGGUAUGUCACCGGGGUUCAUUAAGUCCUA